CCUCCCUCUCUCUCCCUGCCGGCUGGGUGCUGAAGUUGGGCGGAUGGCAGCAAAUCAGCUCCGCUAGGGACCAGCUGCACGAGCCCUUCCCGGGAUCGCUCAGUGCCAAGCACACGCAGCCAGGCGGGGGUGGCCACUUGGGUACUGAAGUAGCUGAAAUGAGAAAAAGGCAGCAGUCACAAAAUGAAGGAACAUCUGCUGUGUCUCAAGCGCCUGGAAACCAAAGGCCCAACAACACAUGUUGCUUUUGUUGGUGCUGUUGUUGCAGCUGCUCAUGCCUCACUGUUAGGAAUGAAGAUAGAGGGGACAAUGCAGGAAGGCCAACACAUACAACCAAAAUGGAGAGUAUCCAGGUCAUAGAGGAAUGCCAAAACCCUACUGCAGAUGAAAUUAUGUCUUGGGCUCAGAAUUUUGACAAGAUGAUGAAAACACCAGCUGGUAGGAACCUUUUCAGAGAGUUUCUUCGAACGGAGUACAGCGAAGAGAACCUGCUUUUCUGGCUUGCAUGUGAAGACCUAAAGAAGGAACAGAACAAGAAAGUUAUUGAAGAAAAGGCGAGGCUUAUAUAUGAAGAUUAUAUUUCUAUACUUUCACCAAAAGAGGUUAGUCUUGAUUCUCGGGUGCGAGAAGUGAUCAACAGAAACUUGUUGGAUCCCAGUCCUCACAUGUAUGAAGAUGCCCAACUUCAGAUAUAUACCUUAAUGCACAGAGACUCUUUCCCAAGGUUUUUGAACUCUCAGAUGUACAAGUCUCUCAUCGAAAGUACUGUAGGCUCUACUUCUGAAACUUAGUUCUAAUUUUUGGA